CGAAACUUAGUUCCAGUCCAUACAUAGACUGCGAAGCGAACACGCCGUACCCUGCGCAAGGGGGGACCGAUGGCCUGGUGUAUGAAAAUGCUUUCGUACUGCAAGUCACCACGAUAAGUGAUUGACCACCCUUGCCCAGCUACAAAUAUUGAGUUCGGAGACUUCAAUCUUGAAUUUCGUCGGAGGCUGACUUGGUCUGAAACGGAUCCAUGUUCUGUAUUUAAUUCUCAAUGUGUCAUGUCUAUAACGGACGUUGCCCACCGUCUUAUCCUCACAGUGAUCAGUCUUAUUGUGUUUAUGACAUCCAAAAUCCUCAGUCACGCCGUCGAGCGCCAGUGGAGGCGGGACGUCAGCCCUGGGAACGCUAUCGGGGUCAAGUCCUUGACGAUUUGUAAAGAAACACAGUACAAGGCCAGUGAUAUUUAUGAACUACUACACUUAUCUACUUUUAGGCAAGUGAAUCUCAUUGCGUUGAUCUAUACUGUGUCGAAGAGCCUGAGAUUCUUUGGGAAAAUUAUUGGUGUUCUCGGCUUGGUAUGCUCACGUCAUUAUGUUCCUUGGCGCACUAUCACGAUCUAUGAGCAGCCGCGUUAUCCACCAAGAGUGCCCGGAAUGAGGCUAAUCAAAUAUGCACCUUUGUUUCCACGCUUGGCUUCCCAGCUGCCCUGGAGCUCUUGCCAUCUUGAGAAUAUUUCGAGCGCAUGCAAAGACACCAUAAGGAGAAGAGAGUAUGUCGAGGUCCUUGCAAAAAGUAUCAUCAGGCGCAAAGUGAAAGACUCGCAAGUACGCCACGGUAGCAUCAGUCCGCCAUAUCAUCCGGUCCCAAGUUUGAAUAGCCAGAAAGCACACGACCUCCGCAAAGCUCUUGUGAAGACACUAGGAGCUAGCGCGUUGAAGAGGGAGUCACUCGUGAUCAAGGUCAAAGAAGCACCCCACACUCCGAAGGAAAUCCGUUUGGAGCGUCGCAUGCGUUUGGCCCUUGGAGAGAAUCUAUCGAUCAAGAACCUUGCUUCCGCUGCUAUUGCGAGAAAGGCGCCUGCAUCUCCUCUGCCCGACCGUUCGCCAUCCCGGACCCGUUCUCUACAGCCGAAGACACGUUAUCGAAACCAGAAGUCGAGUCGUCACAGUCUUCAUGAGGCAGCACCCACCUCGUUCACACUGUUCGUGAACCUCGGCCCGGACUCGGAAGAUGCUGUUCCAGGUUCCUGUCACGCCGUAGUCUCUGUGUAAAUAUUAUAUGCCAUGCAUGUGAGCUUA